CCACACCCAUACCAGCUCCCACCCAAGCCAAGGUCCCAGCACCCUAGGACUGCCUCUGAUAGCCCCAGGGGGCUUCUUUGGCCAUGAGUCGGGGUGGAAGUGCACCGGUGAAGGGGCAGGGCGUGUCUCCCCAGCGCAGGGUGUGGCCAGUGGUCCAGAUGAUAAGCCUGAUGGCCAGUCACUGGUCCUUGACCGGUCGGCGCUAAAUCCGCACUGUCCACUGUGCGCGACGAACAGGUUGAGGGUGGACAACACAGAGAGAGCUCGGAGCCGGCUGCGGAGGUUCCCACAACCCAUAGCUGUCAGCGCCGGGCCGCGCCCCUCCCGGCUACACUUCCUCUCUCAGUCCCCGCUGUCGCUGCUGGGGAGCCCCGCUAGGCUCGGCGAUUCUAGUGGCCUGCAGUCUGCUGCCUCCACGCCUCAGCUUCAGCCUGCGUGGUCCCAGCCUAGUCUGCUCCCCUGCGGGAUGAGAGCCUUGGCAUCUCCAUCACCACAGAAGUUCCGGCUGUAAGGAGCAUCAUUCCCUCUCAGGAUGACUUCACCUUCCAGCCCCCCAGCUUUCAGGCUGGAGACCUCAGAUGGAGACCAAGAAGACAGUGCUGAAGUGAACCAAGGGAAGCAUGAGCCACCCCCCAUGGAGUCACCAUUCCAGGGCGAGGACCGCAAUAUCUCCCCCCAGAUCAAAGUGAAUCUCAACUACCGAAAGGGACUAGGUGUCAGCCAGCAGGACCCAAACCGGUUUGACCGCGACCGACUCUUCAGUGUGGUCUCCCGGGGUGUCCCCGAGGAGCUGGCUGGACUGUCAGAAUACCUGUGCCGGACCAGCAAGUACCUCACUGACUCAGCGUACACAGAGGGCUCCACGGGGAAGACGUGCCUGAUGAAGGCUGUGCUGAACCUUCAGGACGGGGUCAAUGCCUGCAUCCUGCCCCUGCUGCAGAUCGACAGGAAUUCUGGCAACCCUCAGCCCCUGGUCAAUGCCCAGUGCACCGAUGACUUCUAUCGCGGACACAGUGCGCUGCACAUUGCCAUAGAGAAGAGGAGCCUGCCGUGCGUGAAGCUGCUGGUGGAGAACGGGGCAGAUGUGCAUGCCCGAGCCUGCGGCCGCUUCUUCCAGAAGCACCAAGGAACUUGUUUCUAUUUUGGCGAGCUACCUCUGUCGCUGGCUGCAUGCACCAAGCAGUGGGAUGUGGUGACCUACCUCCUGGAGAACCCACACCAGCCUGCCAGCCUGGAGGCCACUGAUUCCCUAGGCAACACGGUCCUGCACGCGCUGGUCAUGAUUGCAGAUAACUCGCCUGAGAACAGCGCGCUGGUGAUCCACAUGUACGAUGGGCUUCUCCAAGUGGGGGUCCGCCUCUGCCCCACUGUGCAGCUGGAGGAUAUCUGCAACCACGAAGGCCUCACGCCCCUGAAGCUAGCUGCCAAAGAAGGCAAAAUCGAGAUUUUCAGGCACAUUCUGCAGCGGGAGUUCUCAGGACUGUACCAGCCCCUUUCCAGAAAGUUUACAGAGUGGUGCUACGGUCCUGUCCGGGUAUCACUGUACGAUUUGUCCUCCGUGGACAGCUGGGAGAAGAACUCGGUGCUGGAAAUCAUUGCCUUUCACUGCAAGAGCCCGCACCGGCACCGCAUGGUGGUUUUAGAGCCCCUGAACAAGCUUCUGCAGGAGAAAUGGGAGCGGCUCAUCCCGAGAUUCUUCUUCAACUUCGCCUGUUACUUGGCCUACAUGUUCAUCUUCACCAUUGUUGCCUACCACCAACCUUCCCUGGAGAAGACAGCUGUUCCCUCAUCAAAAGCGACUUUUGGGGAGUCCAUGCUGCUGCUGGGCCACAUCCUGAUUCUGCUUGGGGGUAUUUACCUCUUACUGGGCCAGCUGUGGUACUUCUGGCGCCGCCGUCUGUUCAUUUGGAUCUCAUUCAUCGACAGCUACUUUGAAAUCCUCUUCCUUGUCCAGGCUCUGCUCACAGUGCUGUCCCAGGUGCUGCGUUUCGUGGAGACUGAAUGGUACCUGCCCCUGCUGGUGUCGUCCCUGGUGCUGGGCUGGCUGAACCUGCUUUACUACACACGUGGCUUCCAACACACAGGCAUCUACAGUGUCAUGAUCCAGAAGGUCAUUCUUCGCGACUUGCUCCGAUUCCUGCUGGUCUACUUAGUCUUCCUUUUCGGCUUCGCUGUAGCCCUCGUGAGCUUGAGCCGGGAGCCCCAAAGCCCUAAAGCCCCUGCCAGUAACAACGCCACAGUGACAGCACAGCCCAUGGCGGGCCAGGAGGAAGAGGAGGUCCCUUACGGGGGCAUUCUGGAUGCUUCACUGGAGCUCUUCAAGUUCACUAUCGGGAUGGGCGAGCUGGCCUUCCAGGAGCAGCUGCGCUUUCGCGGGGUGGUGCUGCUGUUACUGUUGGCCUAUGUUCUUCUCACCUAAGUCCUGCUGCUCAACAUGCUCAUUGCCCUCAUGAGCGAGACCGUCAACAGUGUUGCCACUGACAGCUGGAGCAUCUGGAAGCUGCAGAAAGCCAUCUCUGUCUUGGAGAUGGAGAAUGGUUACUGGUGGUGCAGGAGGAAGAGGCAUCGCUCAGGGAGGCUGCUGAAAGUCGGCACCAGAUGGGAAGGUGUCCCUGAUGAGCGCUGGUGCUUCAGGGUGGAGGAGGUGAACUGGGCUGCGUGGGAGAAGACACUCCCCACCUUGUCUGAGGAUCCGUCAGGGGCGAACAGCCCUGGUUAUGAAAAAAACCCAACCUCUAAACCUGGGAAGAGCCCCGCCACAGAGGAAGAUCACCUGCCCCUCCAGGUCCUCCAGUCCCACUGAUGGCCCAGACGCGGCAGAAGGCUGGCACGGCAGAGUAGGGAACCCUUCUGGCCACCCCCAUGAGCUCUGAGGCUACUGAAUUUUGGUGGAAAUAUAUUUUUUUUGCAUAACUAAGUGUUCUAGAAGUAUUAUUUGAACAAAAUCACGGGGGCCUGGCACCUGGUGAUAUGUGCUUGUGUCUCUAAGUGCCCACCUGACUCGGGGGCUAGUCUGCUCAGAAACUUCACUGGCUGGCCACGCCUCAGUUCCAGCCCAGUCCUCUUACAUGUGGCAGACUGAGAGUUGGGUGCGAAUGAAGCCACUUUCCCACCUGGAGGACGACUAUGUCUCUGCUAAGCGCUGGAUUGUCACUCUUUCACACACCUGGGCUUCAGCUUCCCCCUCCCCCAAUGACUCUUUGCAGGAAAGCCAGAGAGGCCUUCUUGAGACAGAAGACAGGCAAGUCACCUCUGAACUCUGAAAGCCCAAGAGAAGUAUCCCCAGCCUUGCACGUUUUUUGCCGUGAUUCCCAGACUCUCCCUCUCCCCCCUCCCCACACCUUAUGCUUCUAGGGGAAUUUGAUGAAAAGUCCUUAGUACUUUCUCUUUAUCAUUCACGAAGCCUGAAGGGCCUCACAUUUGACUUUGACUUAGUAUUUGUAGAUGUUUCUAUGACUUGAAACUCCCAGAAGGAAGAGAGCAAGGGGAGAGCAGCCCCUAUGCUAAAGAUUCAAGGACAAAUGACUUGUCUGAAAUUGUCUUUCAAACCAGAGUAAAACGAUUAAACGAUCUUGUGCUAUUCUUGGUUUCUUUGACCCCUCUCCCCCAUGUCUGAUUUAACAGUCUUGUGACUAUCAAAACCUUACAUCAACUAUUCUUAGCAGAACACUAAUUUCCACAAACCCAGAAGCUAAGAAGGACACUGGAUAGCACCUGAAACCCACAGCAGACAGCGCCCUUCUUGCUGUAACCGGCCAACUGUGGUCCCUUCCAAAUGACUCUCCUUGUUCCGUUACUAAAAACAUGCAUGAACCCACUUCCAAAAUGGGACAUGGUAUUUGGGGAAACCUGAAUCUGUGUUCUUGGUCGUGGAGCCCCACAACUUUAAUCCCAGCCCUUGGGAGGCUGGGAGGCAGAGGCAGGCAAAUCUCAGUGAGUUUGAGGCCAACCUGGUCUACAAAUUGAGUCCCAGGACAGCCAGGGCUACACAGAGAAACCCUGUCUUGAAAAAAACAAAAAGUAAAUAAAUCCAUAUGAAGUGUAUGCAAUCACAGAUGUGUGUGUUGCUGGUUGGAACAUCUCAUAUACGAUACAUUUUGUAUAUAAUAUAUCUCAUAUAUAAUAGUCCUAUCGGACUGCACUGAGGUGUUUGGAGACAGGUUUUCACGCUGUAGGC